AUGGAGGAGCGAACAGUGCAGCUUCGGCAGGAGCUGGCACUGACCCACCUCGCGACGACGUCGCUGCCGCCGCUCCGGCACGAUCUCUUCCUCAUCCGGAUGGGCGGCGGGCGCGAGCGCAGCCCGGAGCCGGCGGCGGACGCUCCAAUGCAGCGGGCCCCGAGCUCCCGCUGUGCCGGCCUCGAGGAUCAGGCCUGCGAGGCCGGCCUCGACCCCAGCGUCUGGGGGGCGCUCACAGAGGGCUCCCUGGUCUGGGCCAAGCUGGGCGCGUCCAAGUGGUGGCCAGGGAUGCUCGUCAAAGGCGAGCGGGGUGGUAUGCUGGCCUCCAGGGACCGGCCCUGGGUCUACUGGUUUGGCGAUCACCGAAUCUCAGAGGUGGCGCGGGACCGCGUGGUCGAGUUCGCCGCCGGCUUCCGCUCGCUGGUGCAGCCCGCCUACCGGCUGCAGGCGUACCAGCUGGGCCUGGUCGAGGCACUCCGGGAGUGCCGCCGGCGCCUGGGGCUGGAUCCGGUGGCCGGCUCCACUCACCAGGUCAUCAGCUGGGGCCAGUCGGCCAUCGACGACGGGCUCACGUUCGAAGAUGUCAGCAUACCGGCCCGCGUGCUGUCCCCCCUGGCGGCCGAGUGGCUGCGUCGCACGGCCGACCCGUCCGCCGGCCUGGAGGCGGUGUGUGUGGCUUGCGGCUCACCGGAGGUCGCCGAUGGCCACCCGCUGGUGGUGGGCGGCCUCUGCGCGCCCUGCCAGGACGCAAUCCGCGACACCAUGUUCGCCAUCGCCGAGGACGGCAUCAGCCCCUACUGCGUGGUGUGUUCUCGUCUGGGCCAGCUGUUGAUUUGCGACGAGAUGUCCUGCAAUAGCGGCCUGAGAGCCUGUCGCUGUGACGGAGGACUGGUGUACGCUCUGCUCCGGUGCCACAGGGGCUUCUGCUCGGUGUGUCUGAGCGUGCUGAUUGAUGCGGGCGCGCCGGAGCGGCUGGCCGCGCUCCCCACCUGGCGCUGCCCCUUGUGUCACGUGUCCGGUGACGCCAGCCCGCUGCGGGGUCGCGCCGACUGGAAACACCGGGUGGCGCGUCUCUUCACCCCGCGCUCCUGCCCGACCCUGCGGCUGCCGGUGGAGCAGUUCAAGAAUAGGCGGCCCAUCCGUGUACUGUCGCUCUUCGACGGAAUCGCCACAGGGAUGCAGGUGCUGAGCCAGCUGGGGGUCGCCGUGGAGGUGUACCUGGCCGCCGAGACGGACCCGGACGCCAUCCACGUGACCGCCAUGAACCAUCCCCGCGUCACCCAGCUGGGUGCGGUGGAGACGCUCACCGAUGUCAAGAUCUCUGAGCUGGCACCGGUCGAUCUCGUGCUGGCCGGCUCGCCCUGCACCGACCUCAGCGUGGUGAACCCGGCCCGGCGCGGCCUCUACGAUCCCGAGGGCACUGGCAUUCUGUUUUUCGAUUUCUACCGGAUUCUCCGUAGCGUGGAAGUGUGCAACGAGGGCCGACACGUGUUCUGGCUCUUUGAAAAUGUGGCCUCCAUGCCUCUGGAGUACCGGAAGGUGAUAUCCAGGUUCCUGCAAAUGGAGCCGGCGCUGAUCGACGCCAAGCACUUCUCGCCGCAGAGUCGGCCCCGCUUCUUCUGGGGAAACAUACCAGGCCUGUUCACACCGCUGCCGCCUCAUCUGCUGAACUCAGAGCACAGCAUAGCGCCAUGUCUGGUGCUGCCCAGCCGCCAGCCGGCCACUGAUCAGGUGGGCUGCGUCACCACCAGCCGCAACUCGCUGCGCCAGGGUCGGCUCAGCCUCAGCCCGGUCGUCAUGGACGGGCAGGGUGACGUCAUGUGGAUCACCGAGAUAGAACAGAUGUUUGGCCUACCCCGCCACUACACCGACCUCGGCAGCCUGGGCCCUCAGAGGCGCCAGCAGCUGCUGGGCCGAGCCUGGAGCGCGCCCGUCGUCCGACACAUUCUCAGCAGCCUGACGCCGUUCUUCAGCGGGGCGUCUUCCGACACAUCCUCAGCAGCCUGACGCCGUUCUUCAGCAGGGCGUCGUCCGACGCGUCCUCAGCAGCCUGACGCUCUUCUUCAGCAUGGCGUCGUCCGACACAUCCUCAGCAGCCCGACGCCCUUCUUCAGCAGGACGUCGUCCGACACAUCCUCAGCAGUCUGACGCCCUUCUUCAGCAGGGCGUCGGCCGAUACAUCCUCAAUAGCAUGACGCCCUUUAGCAGAGCAUUUCACACAUUCCCUGCAGUCUGACCAGUCUAACUAAGCUGCGGUCUGACAAGUCCUUCUUUGUAGCGACUUGAUUUUCAGAAGAGAUUUACAUAUCAUGUCAUGCAAUGUUGCAUGGCCUGCUCGCAAUAUGCAAAGAACCAGAUGAAGAUACAUAUAUCUCUGCACAUCAAUACAGUAUGCUGCACAACAAUCAAAAGCUGAUGUGUAUAAUUACAUGUCACACUCUGGUUUUGUACACUUGUUUAGAAUGAGGAUGUGAUGCAUACAGGCUAACAAGGACAGGAAAGCCUCGAAUGUCUACUGCUUUGCGAGUUGAUAUAGAACUAGAUAAUGCCCUCUUGUUGAUCAUGAAGCUCAUAGAACAUCACUAAUUUUGAUGGGUGUGGUAUCUUAUUGUCCAUCGUUUACGUCGGCAUUGGCGUAUUUUGCUGGCAUUUGAGCAGAUAUCUGUGUUAUCCUUGGCGCAAUUAAGUCCUUCAAAGUUGUGCUAAUCUGGUGAUUAUAUUCCGUGAGAUAUUGUGGAUCACUAAUAUUGGUGUUAGCUGCUGAAGCAACUGGUGCAACUGAAUGAAAGCCAAGUGGUUGAUUGCUCAAUUCUCAGCAACUAAUUGACUGAAUCGUGCAAGGGCGUUUCGUGUAUUUUCGUGCAUCUUUACAUUAUAAUAAA